CCGCUUCCCCGCCCGGGGCAGCUCCUUCCCUCGUGGGAACAACAGGCGGCGCUGGGCCAGGAGGAGGCAGAGCGGGGGUUUCCCUCUCUCCCUCGUUCGGAUCCCGUUCCCGUUCCCUCUGUCCCCGCGGCCCCCUCUGCCCGCCUCUGGGCACGCCGCCCUCGCCCCCCUUCCCGUGGUGGCUCUGUGCCGGGCAGGCUCCCGGCGGGGAGCCGGGCACACGCGGGGUAAAGUUUCCCUAGGAAAGCAGGGGGUAGGGCUUCCCGUCAUGGCAGAGCCGGAGGGUGAAGGCCCCCGAAGCCGCGGGUCCCCGGCAGUCCGUGUCCCUGCCGUGCCAGCUCGAGUGUCCCGCCGCGUUUUUCCGCCCGCGCUGGCGCUCCCCGCUCCGAGCUCUCCCGGCGCCCGGAGGGAGCGGCGCGCUGGUUGCCUGGGAGGAGCCGCUGUGUACGGGCUGCACAGGGCCGGGAUCGCUCCCCGGGAGGUGUGCCCGGCAUGUGCCCGGCGUGGGCGGUGUCAGGGCCAGAGGGGUUCCCGGGCAGGAGCCUCUCCCGAGCAAACAGGUGCAGGCGGCGCGGCUGGGGCUGCGCAGGACGCGCGGGGACACCGGCAUGACUAGUCCUGGCACUAAGGCGUCGUGGCUCUCGCAGCCGAACGUGAAGAGCGUGCUGGUGUAUCGCAACGGGGACCCUUUCUUCCCGGGGCGCCGCAUUGUCAUCCACGAGAAGAAAGUGUCCAACUUUGAUGUGUUCCUUAAAGAGGUGACGGGCGGGGUGCAGGCGCCCUUUGGAGCUGUGCGAAACAUCUACACGCCCCGGGGUGGGCAUCGUGUCCGGCAGCUGGAGGAGCUCCAGAGUGGGGAGCAGUACGUGGCUGGUGGCAGGGAGGCCUUCAAGAAACUCAACUAUUUAGACAUUGGAGAAACAAAGAAAAAACCUGCUGAAGUCAAUAAUGAGGUCAAGCCAGUUACUCACAGCAGAAUCACUGCAUCAGCACGGUUUCGAAAGCCUCUCCAGGAGCCCUACACUAUUUUCCUGAUUGCUAAUGGAGACCUUAUUAGCCCUGCAGUGCGCCUCCUCAUUCCCAGGAAAACACUGAAUCACUGGGAUCAUAUUCUUGAAAUGGUUACUGGAAAAGUUACCCUCAGAAGUGGAGCUGUUCACAGACUCUACACUGUAGAUGGAAAACUUGUUCAGAAUGGGUCAGACUUGGAGAAUGGGCAAAUUUAUGUUGCAGUGGGUAGAGAAAAGUUUAAGAAAUUGCCUUAUGGUGAUCUUCUGUCCAAAUCUACAACAAAAAGGCCACAGGGUUCUAAAACCUCUGUACUACCUCCGAUUGUGGGAUCUCGAAAGUCUAAAGGCAGUGGAAAUGAUGGGAAAUCUAAAUCUACCAUUGGAUCCAGUGACUGGGAAGAAAACAGUUCCUCACCUCAGCUUCCCAAAAGGAAAGACAAAAAAAGCCAGAAUCGAGAGAAUACUGUGUCCAGACAACACUUUUCUAACCACUCUACAAAAGUAAAACAGACAGUAAAAGCUUCCACAGGAGUCCUUCAAGAUAAUGGUGAAGAUAUUUACAAAGCCAGAGAAGAGGGGUCUGAAAUGUGGGGGGCAGUUGAAGUGCAAGAAGAUGAAGAUACUCUUGUGGAAGUUCCACUGGACCAGAGGCCAGCAGAAACUGUAGAUGAAGAAGAAAAUGUAGAAGAGGAAAAUGACAAGGGAGAGGAGGCAUAUAAAGGAGAGGAAGAAUAUCCAGAAGUGAAUAGGGAGGAAAGUGAGGAAACUGUUAAAGAAAGAAUUGAAGUGGAAGAAAACAAAAAGAAAUUAAAUGAAAAUUAUGAAGAUGAAGCAGGGGAAACACAGAAUGUUGACCAAGCAGAGGGAAAUGAACUUAUCCAUUUAAAUGGCAAAACCAAUGAAGGAAAUGGUGAUGGAAUGGAGCAUUUGAACUACCAAGGUGAUCUUCAGUCUGAAGGAGAAAUAAAAGAGGAUUCUGGCAGUCAGAACCAGGUUGAUCCCGGUCUUGAAAAAACAUCAACAAAUCCAAGGGUGACAAUCACCAGCCCACAGGAAAGUGAAAAGAAUGACCAGAGCAAUGACUAUGCAGCAGUUGCAUAAACAGGAAAAAUGUAAUGAGCAGAAAAUGAGAACGGAUAACACUUUAAAUAUAAAGCAUGUUAUUUUUUGUCAUUGGCAACUUAAAUUAGGGAGGCAGGUUGAGUACCCACGUAAUGCUCUAUGGACUGAUGAAAAACAAGCGUUUAUAUCUACUAGAAGAACAUAGAAUUAAUUUUAGAAGGUGAGAUUUUCUGAUAGGAUUUGAUGGGGAAAAUGCAGAAGUACUUUAUAGUAGUAUUAGAAAUAAACUAACUACUUUGUGGUACGACAUAGUUAGCAACAAUAGAAUAACCAGAAAAACAACACUGUUCCGGGGAAAGGAAAAGAGACCCACCCACAUUCAAUAUCAAAAUUUCUUUGUUGAUUUGUUCAGGAAAAGAAACUAUUUUUUACCUUUUAACUAGGACGUGUAGUUUUUCUUCUACAAUUCCACAUAGGUAUAAGGUAUAAUCUUGAGGUAUAACAUUAAGAUAUAACUAGAAUAUGUUCCUCACCUAAUGGAUUUAUGCCCACAGAAAAUGAUUUACUAUAAUGAGGGGUCAGUUCAAUAUUACUAAAUAGUCUAUUUUCAGUAUGUUAAUUAGAAUUAUUAGGUUUUGCAUACAUAAAUAGCACUUACUUAACACUAUUAAUACAGCCUACAAUAUUGCAGCUUGUUUCCAUUUAAAACAGAAAAUUUUGUUGAUUGUCCUGCACGGAUUCACUAAAUAGUGAGUUAUUGUCAUCAUGAACAAAAGACAAAGGAAGAGUAUGUAGUGGAUUAGUUAAAGAGUUGAAUUUGGAUGGAUUUGUAAUUCAGUCUAAGAGAAACUUAAUUUAUUAAUGAACUAAAAAAAAGAACAUGCCUAGAUUCAGACUGAAAUUUCCAUGACACCAUUGCAGUUGAUGGAGUCAUUUUAAUAUGUGAGACAUCAGGAUAAGCCCACCAGCUUUCUGUAAAAGUCAGGAACAAUGCCUUUAUGAACCCUUUGCAUAGCCUUAAUGGUUGGAAGUGUGUCAUCAUCCUUUUAAGCAAGAUAUCUCCUGAUAGGCUGUGGCUUAAUAUGCAUUAGUAAAUAAGGCAUUGAUCCACAGUAUUAGUUCACUUAAUGACAGUAAUUCUAUUGGUCUUAUCAUUUCUCUGUUAGUAAUGGGAAUAAUUUGUUGUUCAUAGAAAUACAGCCCUAAGCAUAAUUUUAUUAAUUAUACAAAAGAAAUAGUGGGUUUCCUUAUCGUUAAUGCUAGUAAAUUAUUACUAUACUAAACUUAAUGUAAUUUUUGUUGAUUUCAUGCCAUUAAGACAAGAAUUACAUUUAUGAACAAAUUGAACUUGAAGCGCUGUUUAAGGAAUGUGAAGAACCACUUGCCAUAACUGAAACUCAAACAUCUUCCCUUCUUCUACUGAUUAUUAAGUAUAUUUUUCCAAUGUAGUAAAAAAUGUGGAGAUCCUUCAGCAUAUUUCUGCUGCUUUGGCAAUAUUAAGUAUAAAAGACAUGUUAAAAAACAUAUGAAAAGGGUUAGAACAGUUUGCCCUGUGGAAUCUCUGAAUUGUCUGUGAAACCUUGAAACCUUCUAUGAAACCUGUAGCUUCUGUUGAGCUGUCUGACAAAGAUUGAAGGGAAUAUUGCAUUUGUGAUCAGUUCAAAAUAACUCCUAAUUUAGCCAAGCUCUUAAGCAAAGUAUGCACACUUCCUUUUUUUGUAAUAGCAAUUAAACCUAUAUUCAAAUAUAUUUGAUUUCUCUGGGAUUUAAAAGACAUUUAUAGUUAAGCAAAAGUAAAAACCAAAAAGCUCUUCUCAACAAAAAACAACAACAACAACAACAAAACAAACCUGAAUCAGAAUGGAUAAAAAUAACUGUGAGUGACAGUGAGGUAAAAUGACACAGGUACCUUUAUUGUUGGUUUCUAUUUAUAGCUUUUGAGUGCCAGCUUCUGUCAUUUCUUUACUUUCCCCAAAAGUUCGGUAUUUUCCAUGCUUAAGAGACUUACAGAUAUCAAUAAGAAUAAUUUAAAGGAUUAAACUAAAUUCUAGGGAAAUGUAAUAUUACCAUUUUCCUUUAUAGGAGCAUGAAAUUCCUGUGAGUGUUACUCGACUUGGAAAAUGUUUCCCCCUCUGUUCUCAUGUAAGAAAGGAUAUCUUUCUUCAGAAAAGCAAAUCUGAAUUUGGAAUUAGAGAUAUAACCAUUUUAUCAUUCACCUUGCUACACUGACAACAUGAAUGUUUAUCAGGUUCUUUUAUUUAGGGAAACUAGUUUAUACCUAACAAAUAAUUCUAGUAGAAAUUAAACAAAACUGAUACAGUCUUGGUCUUCCUAAUAGUUUUUCUGUCUUGGUCUGCUGAGUGUGAUUGCUUAACUCAGUUUUACCUGAGAAAUACAUCAUUUUGUAAAGUUUAUAUAAUGUUAUUUUAUUACACUUAUGUGCAACAAUUCUGAGGGUUUGUUUAAUAAUUGUUUUCUCGUUUUGCUUUUGUUUUUAAAAAUAAUUUGCUAUUAAAGAGAACUAGUUCAGACAUUCCUGUGUUUUCUCUCAUAUCAAGGCCUGUUUGUUGUUAAAUCUGUCUUUGGAUUACUGACUUUAUAAUUUGGUGAUUUUGCAGCUGACAGGAUUCUCCCAUAACCAGUACUUUAAAAAAAAAAAAAUCAAAAAACCAACAAAAAAUGGAUUUGGCAGUUUUUGUAUUGCAACUGUGAAAGAAAAUACAUUGACAAUUGAGCUAUUACAUAGUUAUAAAUGCAAGACUAGUGGCACAGUUAAACUUGCUCAGGGAGUUUUUUAAUGCCACAAUUCAGGUUAGGCCUGGGUUAUUGGUAUGUGUGUACUGUCCAGGCAGUACUCAGCAAAUGACAUGAGUUUUAUCCUUUCACUGGCAAUUCCUGGGAAAAUUACCAAACUUCUACAUGUCUCCCUGCAGAGAUUCCUAAUUUCAGCCAAGCACUAAAGCAUAGGCUUAAAUCCCAUUGGACUGCAGUUUUCAUUCAAUUUUAACUAAUGUUUUGGUGCCUUGACACGUCAGAGCCAAAAUAAAGUUAGUUUGUGGGAAAAAAUGGGUGAAAAUAAGGAGAAUAUAAUCCCCACUCAGUUUCAUCUAAAGUACAGUGAAAUAAACCUGUGUGCAGAGUAGAAUAAUGUGAGUAUUCUGAUUAUUUGAAAAUACAGGGAAAGGAUUGUUACUGGGAUAUUUUGAUUGAUUACC